AUUGUUGUUGUUGUUGUCAUUGAAAGACAAACGACCUGCUGUCAACACGGAACGCUUGGCAAUAUAGUUGUUGCUGGACCCAGUCAAUCAUACCAGCAGUCACAUUGCCCCGUCUUCCUUCCACCUUUGCCACCGUCGACAUUGAGCCACCGAGGAAGCUCCUGGAGAUCAGUCCUCGAGUUAUUCAAUCGACUUUCCGCACCGAAACAGACUUUGCUGGCAAGUGGUUGACGAUACAAAGCUAGCUUUUUGUCUAUCAAUUAUGUCAAGGAGUCAGACCAGCAUGGUGUCAAUUUUGAACAACGACGAUAACCCGUCGUUUGCAGUCCGGCCAACUCCUCGGUUGACCAAACAAAACUCUACACCAUCGUGUACAUAUCCCUCUACUCACCACCACCGGAUAUCGGUGCCUGACUACCGCUUCGGCCCUUAUUGCGACUCUCUGGUGUCGCCAAGAUAUACCCAACCGCCUUUGGACCCGUUCUCGUCGCACUCAGCUCCACAUCCGGUGUCAGCUGGACCAGUGGAAUAUUCCUACAAUUCCACGGCAGCCAGCCGGGAUUUGUAUUCUGGUUACGGAAGAGACUUGUCCCUAUAUACGCAUGCAACCUCUCCCAACAGGAUCCUGCCUACAGUGACUUCCCCAAGCGAGCCUCUUUCACCACGGACGCCCCUGGGCGGCCCUACAGAACUGGCCGCGUCGAGAGUGAACCGAAAGAACAAGUACCCAUGUCCCUACGCGGCAUCUCAUGGAUGUUCGGCAACUUUCACAACUUCGGGGCAUGCUGCACGGCAUGGAAAGAAGCAUACGGGAGAGAAGAGUGUUCACUGUCCCAUAUGUAACAAAGCCUUUACACGAAAGGACAACAUGAAGCAGCAUCGGCGGACACAUCGAACGUACUCGGAGGAUAUGACUUCGAGACUGGACAGAGACCGGGAGCGACGACUGUGGACCAAGAGCAGUGACCAACUGUACAGUCACAACCGAUCAGCGAGCCAAUCACUCUCGGAUGCAGACGAGUAUUCCGGACCCAGUGGACUCAAUUCACCCACUGAAGAGAAGCCCUAUAGCGCUUUGGAACUGCGUCCCGGAAAGCCGUUACCACCAUCCGCAUAUGAUGAUCUGUCUAUGAGGUAUAGCAAACCUGACUUUGGUCGGAGCCAACCGGCAUCACGAUCGGGAAGCAUCACUGGUAGCCUCGACGCUCUGGUGAUAGCAGCCUCCAGAGGCAACUUGAAUUCUUAUCAGCAAUGAGCUGGCCAUGCUAAGAAGGGACACGGUCUGCCGUGCGAGGCACUUGCGGCGCUGAGCGCUUGCAUAGUCAGAUUUCUUAGUUUUCCCAGUCCCAGUGAGGGAUGAGGUCGUGCAGCGGGUUCUAGCACCGUCUCUGCAUCAAAUUACUGGGCUGGAUUGUUUCUAUCCACGUUAUUUCUCUUGACCGGGUUAUACUGCCGGUCGCCUCGACCUACUGUGUAGGCGAUGUACUGUACAAUACUUCGAACUGUGGGAGUAGGAGUUCCAGGAGAGGCCCUUUCACCUCAGCUACUAUUCGUUCCUUUGAAGAUUUCUUUCUUUUUUUUGUUUGAGCAGGGUUUAUCUGCGGAGGCGCAGGGUGUUUCUUGAAAAGCUGUGGUUG